AUGCAGGGUAGUAACGUUAUGAGUUGGGAUUAUGGUUCAUUGUUUAGCUAGCUAGCUACAUGUCUUAACAAAAGACUCCACUAUGCAAGUAACCAUUUCAAUAGAAUGUUCAUGAUGUCAAUGCGACAACUGUUGAUAGAUGUAGCUGGUAAAUUUGCUCUGGCUAUCUACUCCGAUUUCAGAGCGCUCUCGUCUGAGUGGGCCAGAACGCAGAAUAACUGACGAAUUUACGAACAAUCAACACCCGUUGAAUAUGGCUGGUGUCGGUAAACGUUGGCAAAAAAGCGUAAAUUGUUGCCAGCAUCACAGUUGCAGUCACCAACGCUCUGGAGAACAUGAAAACAGCCUAACCAGCUCUGCUAGGGCGAGUAAAAUGGUCAGAGUGAGAUGUUCUCUGAUUUGUGUCUGGAAGUAGCUAGCAAGCUAGCCAAUGUUAGCCAGUUAGCUUGGGUGCUUUACUGUUGUUAGGACAGAAUGCUCGGAUCAACCCUUAAAGAGAUGGGUGGGGCUAAGGCUUAAGAGGGUGUGAGCGAUGCUGAAUGGGACAAAGAAGGGCUCUCCACUAGGUACCAAAACAUUCAAAGGCCAUUUUCUCAAACGUGACGUUACAAGUUGAUCAACUUUCAAAACAGAAUUACUUUCCCAUUGUUCCUCAACUGUAGUGUAUGAUAUACCAUUUUCUAGCUCUGUGUAUCUACUUUUAUCCAAUGUAAAAAUAAAAAAUAAAUCACAUUUUGCUACAUAAGACCGAAUCAAGCCGGUCGGUCACAAAUGGAGGUCUAUUAGCCUGGUCCCACAUCUGUUUGUGCUGUCUUGACAACUCAGCUUGAUAUUGGCAAUAUGAGUUUAGCAAGAACGCACAAACAGAUCUGGGACCGGGCUACAAAUCUAUAGGUCUUCAAUCAAUCCAAUGGAGUUUGUUUUCUGAGGUUGCGUUGUUCGUUGUGUAAAAGAUUGAAUUGGCAUUUGGGGGGAAACAGCACCACUGUUCACCACAGGACCUUCUAUUAUAAUUAUUUAGUUUUUGUUGAUUAAACAGAGAAGAGGAGUGUAUGGCAUUUUGCUAAAAUACAUUUAGCAAGCGAUGAUGUCCGAGGGAACAAAAUAGUGUUUGUUGUUAGUAACUUCUUUGUUGUUGUACUAUCCCAAAUGGACAGUUUGACCAAUUUAAGUAUUCCAGCUUUAAAAGAACAAUGUUUGAAAAUAUGACGUUGCGUUCAUUCAAUAGAGCAGGGAAUGUCAUGUGACUACAAACACCCUCUCACUGUUACCAUCAGGCCUUAUACAUUGACUGAUUGGUUGAUAGCUAAGGAUGUAACGAUUCACCCGAUACGCAUCGGUCCCCUGAUUCAAAUGUUUAAGAUGCGGGAGCAUCGGUCCGCGGAUCCCAAACUGAUUUUUAAAAAAGCAUGUAUUGGUCAGAAAGCCGAUUUGGACGUUACUUAACGCUGGUUCACCAGCAUUAUUGGCUCAUAUUACAUUAUUUCUAUCUUCUGAAAAAUAUAUAUUUUGUGACAAUUGAUGCGUCCUCUCUUUCAGUGCGGAACUGCAUGUAACUGUGGAGUCAUUGAUCUAUAGCUCUGACAGAUCCAGCUCAUGAGCGCCAUCAACAACAGAUUUAAACUUAGAAUGGAAAAGGAAUAUGUUUAUUGCAACAAAUGUUAGUGCAUCGCAUUGAUUCACUGAAUCGUUUCAAACUUACACGUAUUGGUUCCUGUAUGGUAUCAGUCUAGAUACGUGUGGGCAUAUGGAUGAUGAUGAUGAUGAUGAUGAUGUUCUUCUUUCUUUUCACAGGUUUCUGCAUGUUUGUUCUGAGUUUAGUGAAGAAACAUUACCGCCUGCAGUUUUAUAUGGUGUGUAUGAGCCAAGUAACCCUGGCAACACUAACUGACCACCACCAUCCUGUCACUCUGCACACCACACAAUACAGCUGGGCUCCCCAACUACAUUCAGCCACGGACGGUCAGGGGGAACAUGGUGUUCAAUCAUUUGUACAGUGCAAAUUGACCCGCAAGAAUCCCAAACAGAGAUUAGUAUUUGACACAAAAAAAAACAGAAUCAUUUCAAACGUCGAUUACAUUGGGAUACGAUCACAUAUGCCUCUUUGUGUGUGGGAGUACUUGGGAACAGAUUUCCUAAAUUUAAAAUCACUUUGAGCUGAUUUCCUGGUGAUUUUAGUAUUUUAUAUCCAGAACUUGGAUAACCCCCUGCUAUUGGGGAACCCUGCUAUACGGCGUACAGCGUACUGCGUACUGCGUACUCCAUCCCAGUUUACAGGCACUACUGGCACCCUAUUCCCUAUGUACUGCAUCUGUUUUUGACCUUUUUAGUAAAAGGUAGAGCACUGCGUAGUGAAAUGAUGAAUACAUUUGACAGCUCUUUCUAGAUGGAAAAGUAGAGCACCACAUGGGGUGUAGUUUCAGGCCAGCCAGAUAGACAUACACUAGAGUGCUGUGUUAAAGCCAUCUUUAUCAGCCUUCGCUUUGUGUCGUAGAUGUCAGUGGGUGUAGUGGUGUGUGGAGUGACAGCAUUGCCUAUCUAGAGACUGUAUUUCUAUAUCUGUAGCCUGUCUGCCUAUCUAGAGACUGUGUUUCUAUAUCUGUAGCCUGUCUGCCUAUCUAGAGACUAUAUCUGUAGCCUGUCUGCCUAUCUAGAGACUGUAUUUCUAUAUCUGUAGCCUGUCUGCCUAUCUAGACUGUAUUUCUAUAUCUGUAGCCUGUCUGCCUAUCUAGAGACUAUAUUUCUAUAUCUGUAGCCUGUCUGCCUAUCUAGAGACUGUAUUUCUAUAUCUGUAGCUUGUCUGCCUAUCUCUGCAUUCUACCUACCAACAUUGUUAUUGUGAGUGGUCAGGCUACAUUCCCCACUGCUAACGUGUUGUGGUUUGGUGUGUGUUGUGGUGUGUGUGUUGUGUGUGUGGUGUGUGUUGUGGUGUGUGUGGUGGCCCCUCCAGUUUGCAUGGACCCAUGUAACCCUGCUGAUCGUGGUGACUCAGUCUCACCUGGUCAUUCAGAACCUGUUUGAAGGAAUGAUCUGGUAAGAAACACACAGUAUCAGUGUUCUGGUAGGAAAGCAAACACGACACGCCCAGAUACCUGUCCCUGAAACACGACACGCCCAGAUACCUGUCCCUGAAACACGACACGCCCAGAUACCUGUCCCUGAAACACGACACGCCCAGAUACCUGUCCUGACCGACGGAUACUCAACACGACACGCCCAAUACCUGUCCCUGAACACGACACGCCAGAUACCUGUCCCUGAAACACGACACGCCCAGAUACCUGUCCCUGAAACACGACACGCCCAGAUACCUGUCCCUGAAACACGACACGCCCAGAUACCUGUCCCUGAAACACGACACGCCCAGAUACCUGUCCCUGAGAAACCUGUUGUUUCUCUCCUCUCCACUGAUACUGUAGUAGUCUGAUUUCACCUUGUGUAUUAAUGUAAACAGUAUGUCCAAUGAUCUGGUAAGAAAUGAUCUGGUAAGAAAUGAAACAACGCACCCAGACCUGUCUCGUCUUCAGUGCACCAGCUAUAGUAAUAAUAUUAUGGUAGUCAGCUCUGAACCCUAUGGUAGUGUCACGAGAAUUUCUAUCUCUAAUUCAACCUAAGCUUGAAUCAUUACCAGAGGUUGUAAGGCUCUGGUUUUAAUCAUAAAUGAUUCAAGGUCCACAACCAGCAAGAAUGAUCUGUAUUUUUAAUCAUGGAGAGCUCUGGCGCCAAAAAAUACAUACACAGCCUUUAUACCCCUUGACACACAAAGGCACUUUGCUCCGCCCACCUUUAAACAGCUCCUCAGUCCCCUUCACCCUGGAAUGCUUUCUCAGCAGUUUCUAACUCCUCCCCUCUGUUAGUGGGUUGACACUACAUUAUAACUCUUAACACCGUUCACACAUUUAUACUGUAUUUGGGGUGAAAUCCUUUAGUCAUUAUUCUUAAAAUACAAAUUAAUCUAUCAGGUAGUCAGCCCUGACUCCUAUGGUAGUCAGCCCUGAACCCUAUGGUAGUCAGCUCUGAACCCUACGGUAGUCAGCUCUGAGCCCUGUGGUAGUCAGCCCUGAGUCCUAUGGUAGUCAGCUCUGAACCCUAUGGUAGUCAGCUCUGAGUCCUGUGGUAGUCAGCCCUGAGUCCUGUGGUAGUCAGCUCUGAGCCCUGUGGUAGUCAGCCCUGAGCCCUGUGGUAGUCAGCUCUGAGUCCUGUGGUAGUCAGCUCUGAGUCCUGUGGUAGUCAGCUCUAAGCCCUGUGGUAGUCAGCUCUAAGUCCUGUGGUAGUCAGCUCUAAGCCCUGUGGUAGUCAGCUCUAAGCCCUGUGGUAGUCAGCUCUAAGCCCUGUGGUAGUCAGCUCUGAGCCCUGUGGUAGUCAGCGCUGAGCCCAAAUACAGAGGUGCUCCUCAUGCUCUGUAUUCAAACUGUAUUUUGUAAAACAAUAUUUGUAAACGGUAAAGAUGCUCGUUGGUCAAAUGUAAAGAUAACGUAAGGUCGGAGUUGACAUUUGUUAGCAUUGUUUGAACGUUGUUUUCCAGGUUCCUCGUCCCUGUCUCCAUAGUGAUCUGCAAUGACAUCAUGGCCUACCUGUUUGGUUUCUUCUUUGGCAGAACACCACUCAUUAAGGUACAUUUACUGUAUAUUGUAUUAUAUUAUACACUCAGUGGCCAGUUCACCAGAAUUGAUCACUCCUACAGACAGUGAGUCACAUGGCCGUGGCUUGCUAUAUAAAACGGACGGACUGGCAUCGAGGCAUUCAGUUACUGUUCAAUUGAACGUUAGAAUGGGCAAACGUUAGAAUGGGCAAAACAAGAGACUUUGAGCGUGGUAUGAUCGUCGGUGCCAGGCGCGCUAGUUCCAGUAUCUCAGAAACGUCCGGCUUCCUGGGCUUUUCACGCACAACAGUGUCUAGGGUUUACCAAGAAUGAUACGCAAAACAUCCAGUCAUCGGCAGUCCUGUGGGUGAGAACAGCUUGUUGAUGAGAGGUCAAAGGACAAUGGCAAGAAUCGUGCAAGCUAACAGGCGGGCCACAAACAGACAAAUAACGGCGCAGUACAACAGUGGUGUGCAGAACGGCAUCUCGGGAACGCACAACUCGUCGGUCCUUGUCACGGAUGGGCUAUUGCAGCAGACGACCACACCGGGUUCCACUCCUAUCAGCUGAAAACAAGAAGAAGCGGCUCCAGUGGGCACGCCAUCACCACCACUGGACCAUUGAGGAGUGAAAAAAACAUCCCCCGGGCCGACGAAUCCCAGGUCCUGUUGCGUCAUGCUGAUGGCAGAGUCAGGAUUUGGCGUAAGCAGCAUGAGUCCAUGGCCACGUCCUGCCUGGUGUCAACGGUACAGGCUGGUGGCGGUGAUUCUGGGGGAUGUUUUCCAGGCACCAGUAGAUCUAUAAAUGUAGGCCUAUUUUAACACUUUAAUUUUUCUAAAUGAAAAUAUAGCCAUGUGACAUUGCUAUACAAGGAUAUACCAUGACAUUUCAAAUGAUUUAAUUUAAUAAAAACAACAAACUUUUCAAUAUAGUUUUUUAUGACGUGUGCCCCAUUUAAAAAGACAGGUACCUUGACGCACGUAGCUUGUUCUUUACAGUGUGUUGGCCAAUCAAAGUGACUGACUUUACAGUCAGAGGUUCCGUGUGUAGCAGGUCGAGUGAGUUCACUAAUACAAUGCAAGAUGGAAUAAAAUCACAAAAUUCAAAGCGAAAUGAUCAGGAGUAGGCUACAACGAGGGAGGGAGGAGAAAGUGCAGCAUGUAACGUUAGCCAAGAAGCCUAGCUAGCUAGCUUCUGUAGGUUACUCCAUUCAAGACCGGCACUUAUGAGUUGAUGAUGAAUAUUGUAGCUGCUACAAGUUACCGAAUCUUGGCUGUAGCCCAAUUGAAUCUCUCUCCCUCCAUCCGCUUGCUCCCAUCUCACACACACCAUCCCCUCACCAGUGGCAGAAAUAACCGGAGCUGUUAAUGGACGGAGGGGGAGAGAUGCAGUUGUCGGUUGUGCAAACCCACAGUUUCAUCAGCUGUCCGGGUGGCUGGUCUCAGACGAUCCCGCAGGUGAAGAAGCAGGAUGUGGAGUUCCUGGGCUGGCGUGGUUACCUGUGGUCUGCGGUUGUGAUGCCGGUUGGACGUACUGCCAAAUUCUCUAAAGUGAGGCGCCUUAUGGUAGAGAAAUGAACAUUCAAUUCUCUGGCAACAGCGCUGGUGGACAUUCUUGCAGUCAGCAUGCCAAUUGCACGCUCCCUCAAAACCUGAUACAUUUGUGGCAUUGUGUUGUGUGACAAAACUGCACAUUUUAGUGGCCUUUUAUUGUCCCCAGCACAAGGUGCACCUGUGUAAUGAUCAUGCGGUUUAAUCAGCUUCUUGAUAUGCCACACCUGUCAGGUGAAUGGAUUAUCUUGGCAAAGGAGAAAUGCUCACUAACAGGGAUGUAAAAUGUGUGCACAAAAUGUGAGAGAAAUAAGCUUUUUAUGUGUGAAAAAUGUCUGGGAUCUUUUUAAUUCAGCUCAUGAAACAUGGGACCAACACUUUACAUGUUGCAUUUAUAUUUUUGUUCAGUGUACAUAGUCCCUGUCUUGACUGCAUCAAACCGAGAGAAGCUAGUUAAGCUAGCCAGCUAACGUUAGCUAAGCUAAUUGAGACUACAUAUCUUCAACUGUGCGCGUUCUCCCCUUCCGAAACCCUGCAUAUGUUGUAGCCUGUCCUUCUUUAACUUGUAGUUCUGUCAUGUUAAUUCCAUCUUCCAUUGAUUAGCCUAGAUAUCUCCUAAUAGCUAGCCACAGGGAAGCUCUGACUGUAGUUUAGUGCUGGUUUGAUGACUUGUGAUUGGACGACAACAGCAAGCUACACGCGCCACUCUGGGGAAAAGCAGGAGCACCAGCACCAUAAAUUAUACCAUUUUCUAUCUCCGCGGGAAGUGUGAUGUAAAACCAUCUGCAUUGUGAAUUCAUGUGGCAUUUUAUAUGAUUUUUUUUUUUUUUCUUAUCGUUUUAAUGGAAAAUCCAUCUUUAAAAAUAAUUUUAAAUCUUAAGAAAAAUCGUCCAUUUGUCACACCCCUAGUGUGAAACACUGUCAUCCCUGUGUGAAAGAUGGCCUCUGUUCCUGUACGCGUCGAUACUCGACGCUCAAUUCAGUUUCCUGUUCACUCAGUUCAGGAAGUGGAAUUGCCAUUAAAAUCAAUAAAUGAAUUGAAAAAGACCUCCAUACAAAAUAAAUCAAAUAAUUGUCAUAACAUUGCGUUACAAAUUAAAUGUAUUAAUAUUGUUAUUUAUUACAGCUGUCUCCCAAGAAGACGUGGGAGGGAUUCAUAGGAGGAUUCUUUGGAACCCUGGUCUUUGGAUUCAUAGUGAGUAAAUAUACUACAGUAAAAUAAAGUUACUAUGACAGUGGUAUUACUUUACAUUACAGCGCGGUAUAAAGUGUAACAAUGUGGUAAUAGUAUGCUAAGUAAUCGGCCCCUUAUUGAUGAUGCCUGCUGGUUUUCUUCUCUCCUGUUAGCUGGCCUACCUGCUAGCUCAGUUCCGGUACUUUGUCUGUCCCGCGGAAUACAACAGUGAGACCAAUCGUUUCACUGCGGAGUGUGAACCCUCAGACAUCUUCGUGAUGCACGAGUACACAUUGCCCUUCGCUGUCCAGAGCAUCCUCAGAUGGGUAAGGGGACCUUAUGGUUGCACAUUUCCAGAAACUUUCCCAAAAUUCCCUGUUUUUUCCAGAAAUCCUGUCUGAAGAAUUCCUGUUUGGAGGAUUCCCUCGCAGCUUAUUCUCUGCUGGUCCCAGAAAUCCUCUAACUGGGCAAAGCAGUGACAUUUGGGAACGUUUUGGGGCUUUAGCCACCAGGGUGAAAGGUCAUCUGGUCGUAGGAGAAGGGCAGCACCUCUAGGUUGAAUGCUUUAUUCUAUCUCAUUGUUAAAUCACUUCAGUCCUGCCCUCACCUGCUCUGACAAGUAGUGAAAAAUAAUUCAAAAUAUGGCUUUCAUGUGGUCCUGGAUGGCUUUCAUGUGGUCCUGGAUGGCUUUCAUGUGGUCCUGGAUGGCUUUCAUGUGGUCCUGGAUGGCUUUCAUGUGGUCCUGGGAUGGCUUUCAUGUGGUCCUGGGAUGGCUUUCAUGUGGUCCUGGGAUGGCUUUCAUGUGGUCCUGGGAUGGCUUUCAUGUGGUCCUGGGAUGGCUUUCAUGUGGUCCUGGGAUGGAUUUCAUGUGGUCCUGGGAUGGCUUAGACACUUAUAGGCAGACUUUUGUGUUCUUAGGCUGCGUUUACACAGGAAGACCAAUUCUGGGCAAAAGAGCUGAUCUGAUUGGUCAAAAGACCAAUUAGUGGAAAAAGAUCCGAAUUGUGAUGCCUGUGUAAACGCAGCCUUAGUUACUGGUCUGGCGAGAAUGGAAGUCGGAGAGACAUGAUCAAUGCUCAGUUGUAUUUUACUACAUGUUGUUCAAACAUUUACUAACUAGCUGGUUCCAACUAACUAGCUGGUUCCAACUAAAUAGUGGUGCUUGUUUCAAUGAAUCCAAGGGAAACGCUAAAUUGUGUGUCUGUGUCUGUGUGUGUGUGUGUGUCUGUGUCUCUGUGUGUGUGUGUGUCUGUGUGUCUCUGUGUGUCUGUGUGUGUGUCUCUGUGUGUCUGUGUCGCUGUGUCUCUGUGUGUCUCUGUGUGUGUCUCUGUGUCUCUGUGUGUGUGUGUGUCUGUGUCUCUGUGUGUCUGUGUGUCUGUGUCUCUGUGUGUCUGUGUGUCUCUGUGUGUCUGUGUGUGUGUCUGUGUGUCUGUGUCUCUGUGUGUGUGUGUGUGUGUCUCUGUGUGUGUGUGUGUGUGUGUGUGUGUGUGUGUGUGUGUGUCUGUCUCUCUACAGAAAACGGUGAACCUGUACCCAUUCCAGAUCCACAGCGUGGCGCUCUCCACCUUCGGCUCUCUCAUUGGUCCUUUUGGAGGAUUCUUCGCCAGCGGAUUCAAACGAGCCUUCAAGAUAAAAGUGAGAACAGAGACAUGCGCACACACAUUUUUUUACAUUUUAGUCAUUUUAGCAGACGCUCUUAUCCAGAGCGACUUACAGUUAGUGAGUGCAUACAUUUUUCAUACUGGCCCCCCAGUGGGAAACGAACCCACAACCCUGGCGUUGCAAGGCGCCAUGCUCUACCAACUGAGCUACAGGGGACUACACACAGGCCUCGCUUGGCUAUGCUUGUUUAUUUAUCUGAACAUUUGUGUAGGAUGAUUUCCAUGGAUACCUUAAAAGACACAAUCAGUGAUUUCUCUGUAACUAGUCUUGGGCGGUAUCCAGAUUGUCAUACUGACGUACUGUUCUUCUGCCUUCCCGGGUUUUACGGUAUUUCCAGCGUAGUACACUAGGGGGCGCUAAAUGCGCAGAAAAAACCCCAAUGGGAGUCGAUUACCAGAAUGCUAACAAAAUGAGCGCAAGUAAUAGCGAAUUGUCAUGGACGCUUUUAGCUAAAUGCUAACAAGCGAAAAUGAACAAACUAAUUGCAGACAGUCAAAUCCAGCUCAUAAAGUUAUACAAGUAUAGCUAGUAACCAUUUUUGGUGAGUGUGGCACAUUUACAAGUGAAAGUGAAUGAGAGAAAUUGUGCAAAAUGAACAACGUUGCGAUGCAUGCUUGUCUGAAGGAAGAGCAGCAUGUUUACAUGGAGAAGAACGGAGGAGGGAAAAACAACGCUAGUAGGAAGCACAGGGACAAAAUGGCCGCUGUACAGAUAACUCAUCCAGAGCGCUUUGACUUCUCAAACACGGCAGAAAGCUAACACCACUUCUCCUCAUUAAUUCAGCCACUUACAUAGCUAACUAACAAGUAACCAAAUUCACAGCUGGAGAGUAUAGCACACCUUAGACAGUUUAUAAAGAUAUCUGAUAGCAAACAUUUAGUAGUGAAUUGCACACAAGUGCAUACUUCAUCACCUCAUGUGCGCCGUACAACAGAGAGAGAGACUCAACGCUUUGGACUCCCCCUUUCUCCCAUUGUGCUCGUUACAAUGAACACAGUGACUGGCUGCUGUUCUGGGGAACUACGGUAAGCUUCAUAAUGAAAAGUAAUGUGACAGGGUGAAAUGAAGAACGCGACUUGCUUUAUCUCCUCUAACGUAUUGCACAAGUUGACUGCAGGUAUAAACUUAAAGUAGCUACAAAUAUUCAAAUGUAUCGAAAACUUCAAAGAAAUAGUUUCAACGGUAUUGAAAAACCAUCUUGUGGGUAUUUCCAAAUACCCUAGUAUAUACGGUAUACCGCCCAACCCUAGUAAUAACUUCUCUCUCUCCUGUCAGGACUUUGCAGACACCAUCCCUGGUCACGGGGGCAUCAUGGAUCGCUUCGACUGUCAGUAUCUGAUGGCUACCUUCACUCACGUUUACAUAGCCAGCUUCAUCAGGUAAUGGUCGUGGUUUUAACAUAGCCAGCUUCAUCAGGUAAUGGUCGUGACAUUAACAUAGCCAGCUUCAUCAGGUAAGGGUCGUGGUUUUAACAUAGCCAGCUUCAUCAGGUAAGGGUCGUGGUUUUAACAUAGCCAGCUUCAUCAGGUAAUGGUCGUGGUUUUAACAUAGCCAGCUUCAUCAGGUAAUGGUCGUGGUAUUAACAUAGCCAGCUUCAUCAGGUAAGGGUCGUGGUUUUAACAUAGCCAGCUUCAUCAGGUAAGGGUUGUGGUAUUAACAUAGCCAGCUUCAUCAGGUAAUGGUCGUGGUAUUAACAUAGCCAGCUUCAUCAGGUAAGGGUCGUGGUUUUAACAUAGCCAGCUUCAUCAGGUAAGGGUUGUGUUAUUAACAUAGCCAGCUUCAUCAGGUAAUGGUCGUGACAUUAACACAGCCAGCUUCAUCAGGUAAGGGUCGUGACAUUAACAUAAUUUACAUAGUUUAUAUAGUCAGUUUACAUCAGCUUUUAUCAGGUAUGGAUAAUCAAUAGGUACCAACUGUUCAUUUAAAGGGGCAAUUAGCAGUCAAAACAAUAACAAAACGUUCUCCUCGAUUCGGUAAAAAGCUGAGGGACGGGGCUGAAGAAAUGUAACCACUCGCCAAUUCAUAGUCAGAGUUAUGGAUGCAAGGACUGACCAUCCAUGACAUCAAAAUUAUAGUUUUUUGGGACAAAAAUCCAUAUGCCGAUAAAUUGACUGAAUCUACGUGAUAACGGUAAAUAGAAUGAUACUUUUUUUUUUUUUUCCCUUUAAACUACUACUAGUUUGAUGGUUGGAGACAUUAAUUGUCCCAUUAACAAUCACCCAUAUUUGCAAACUUAUUUCAUUUGAAACUUCACAUUUCUCUAGUAUAGGCUACUUAUCGAAAUUAACAAUAUCAGCAAAAUGCCUGCAAUAAGUGGUCCGUAUGGUCGGUGUUGAUAAGAUGUCCGGGUGGUCGGUGUGGAUAAGAUGUCCGUAUGGUCGGUGUGGAUAAGAUGUCCGGGUGGUCGGUGUCGAUAAGAUGUCCGUAUGGUCGGUGUGGAUAAGUGGUCCGUAUGGUCGGUGUCGAUAAGAUGUCCGGGUGGUCGGUGUGAUAAGAUGUCCGGGUGGUCGGUGUUGAUAAGAUGUCCGGGUGGUCGGUGUGAUAAGUGGUCCGGUGUGGUCGGUGUGAUGAGUGGUCCGGAGUGGUCCGGGUGUGAUAAGUGGUCCGUAUGGUCGGUGUGGAUAAGUGGUCCGUAUGGUCGGUGUGGAUAAGUGGUCCGUAUGGGUCGGUGUGGAUAAGUGGUCGUAUGGUCGGUGGGAUAAGUGGUCCGUAUGGUCGGUGUGGAUAAGUGGUCCGUAUGGUCGGUGUGGAUAAGUGGUCCGUAUGGUCGGUGUGGAUAAGUGGUCCGUAUGGUCGGUGUGGAUAAGUGGUCCGUAUGGUCGGUGUGGAUAAGUGGUCCGUAUGGUCGGUGUGGAUAAGUGGUCCGUAUGGUCGGUGUGGAUAAGUGGUCCGUAUGGUCGGUGUGGAUAAGAUGUCCGUAUGGUCGGUGUGAUGAUAAGUGGUCUGAUAUGUCCGUUGUGUGUGAUAAGAUGUCCGUAUGUCGGUGUGUAGUGUCUAUUGUCGUCCAGUCUAUGGUACGUUUUGGGGAUAAGUGGUGUCUAUGGUCGUUGUUGAUAAAUGGUCGUAUGGUCGUUGAUAAGGCAUUUAAGUAUGUCCAGUUGGUCCGUUUGUUGCAUGAAGAUGGUCCGCUAUGUUCCGUUGAUAAGUGGUCGCUGAUGGUGGUCGAUGGGCAUAAUGGUCGUAAUGUCUGUAUAAUGCUAUGGUGGUGUUGAUAGAUGCGUGUGUUUUGAUAAGUGGUCCGUAUGGUCGUGUGAUAGUCGAUGGUGGUUGUAUAAUGCAUGGUUGUGGAUAAGUUCGUGUUUUAUGUAGUCCGUUGUGUGUUGAUAAUGGUUGGCGGUUUGAUUAUGGUCCGUAGCCUGUGGAUAAGUCGUAGUAUUGUGAUAAGAUGGUCCGUUGUGGUUGUGAUAAGGGGUGUUAUGAUGUUAGGCGGUGGUGAAUCAUUGUUGGAUGCUAUAUGAUUGUAUGUUUUAUUGUGUUUUGGCUCUGGGUGUUUUGGUUUGUUUAUCCUUGUGGUUUGAUAAUAGGUUUGGGGGUAAUUAGUGAUGUAUUAUGGCUGAGCCUGUCCUGUGGUUUGAUAAUAGGUUUGGGGUAAUUAGUGAUGUAUUAUGGCUGAGCCUGUCCUGUGGUUUGAUAAUAGGUUUGGGGUAAUUAGUGAUGUAUUAUGGCUGAGCCUGUCCUGUGGUUUGAUAAUAGGUUUGAGGUAAUUAGUGAUGUAUUAUGGCUGAGCCUGUCCUGUGGUUUGAUAAUAGGUUUGGGGUAAUUAGUGAUGUAUUAUGGCUGAGCCUGUCCUGUGGUUUGAUAAUAGGUUUGAGGUAAUUAGUGAUGUAUUAUGGCUGAGCCUGUCCUGUGGUUUGAUAAUAGGUUUGGGGUAAUUAGUGAUGUAUUAUGGCUGAGCCUGUCCUGUGGUUUGAUAAUAGGUUUGAGGUAAUUAGUGAUGUAUUAUGGCUGAGCCGGUCCUGUGGUUUGAUUAAUAGGUUAUGGGGUAAUUAGUGAUGUAUUAUGGCUGAGCCUGUCCUGUGGUUUGAUAAUAGGUUUGAGGUAAUUCAGUGAUGUAUUAUGGCUGAGCCUGUCCUGGGGUUGAUAAUACCAGUUUUGGGGUAAUUAGGUGAUGUAUUAAUGGCUGAGCCUGUCCUGUGGUUUUGAUAAUAGGUUUGGGGUAAUUAAGCGAUGUAUUAUGGCUGAAACCUGUCCGGUGUGGUUGGGAUAAUGGGAGUUUGGGGGUAAUUAGCGAUGUAAUUAAUGGCUGAGCCUGUCCUGUGGAUUUGAUAAUGGUUUGGGUUAAUUAUGUGAUCGCAUUAUGGCUGAUCCUGUCCUGUGGUUUGAUAAUAGGUGUUGGGGUAAUUUAGUGAUGUAUUAUGGCUGACCGAAACCUGUCCUGUGGUUUUGAAAUAAAGAGUUUGGGGUAUUAGUGAUGUAUUAUGGCUGAACCUGUACCUGUGGUUUGAUAAUAGGUGUGGGGUAAUUAGUGAUGUAUUAUGGCUGAGCCGUGUCCCUGUGGUUUGAUAAUAGGUUUGGGGUAAUUAGGUGAUGGUAUUAUUGGCUGAGCCUGUCCUGUGGGGUUGAUAAUAUGGUUUGGGGGUAAUUUAGUGAUGUAUUAUGGCUGAACCUGUCCUGUGGUUUGAUAAUAGGUUUGGGGUAAUUAGUGAUGUAUUAUGGCUGAACCUGUCCUGUGGUUUGAUAAUAGGUUUGGGGUAAUUAGUGAUGUAUUAUGGCUGAGCCUGUCCUGUGGUUUGAUAAUAGGUUUGGGGUAAUUAGUGAUGUAUUAUGGCUGAGCCUGUCCUGUGGUUUGAUAAUAGGUUUGGGGUAAUUAGUUAUGUAUUAUGGCUGAACCUGUCCUGUGGUUUGAUAAUAGGUUUGGGGUAAUUAGUGAUGCAUUAUGGCUGAGCCUGUCCUGUGGUUUGAUAAUAGGUUUGGGGUAAUUAGUGAUAUAUUAUGGCUGAGCCUGUCCUGUGGUUUGAUAAUAGGUUUGGGGUAAUUAGUGAUGCAUUAUGGCUGAACCUGUCCUGUGGUUUGAUAAUAGGUUUGGGGUAAUUAGUGAUGUAUUAUGGCUGAACCUGUCCUGUGGUUUGAUAAUAGGUUUGGGGUAAUUAGUGAUGUAUUAUGGCUGAACCUGUCCUGUGGUUUGAUAAUAGGUUUGGGGGUAAUUAGUGAUGUAUUAUGGCUGAGCCUGUCCUGUGGUUUGAUAAUAGGUUUGGGGUAAUUAGUGAUGUAUUAUGGCUGAGCCUGUCCUGUGGUUUGAUAAUAGGUUUGGGGUAAUUAGUGAUGUAUUAUGGCUGAACCUGUCCUGUGGUUUGAUAAUAGGUUUGGGGUAAUUAGUGAUGUAUUAUGGCUGAACCUGUCCUGUGGUUUGAUAAUAGGUUUGGGGUAAUUAGUGAUGUAUUAUGGCUGAGCCUGUCCUGUGGUUUGAUAAUAGGUUUGGGGUAAUUAGUGAUGUAUUAUGGCUGAGCCUGUCCUGUGGUUUGAUAAUAGGUUUGGGGGUAAUUUAGUUAUGUAUUAUGGCUGAACCUGUCCUGUGGUUUGAUAAUAGGUUUGGGGUAAUUAGUGAUGCAUUAUGGCUGAGCCUGUCCUGUGGUUUGAUAAUAGGUUUGGGGUAAUUAGUGAUAUAUUAUGGCUGAGCCUGUCCUGUGGUUUGAUAAUAGGUUUGGGGUAAUUAGUGAUGCAUUAUGGCUGAACCUGUCCUGUGUAUCCAUAUUCCAGGCCAGAGGUCCCAACCCCAGCAGCUGGUUAUGUUAUGUUAUAAUAUGUAAUGUUGAUGUUAUGUUAAUGUUAAUGUGACGUCUGUCUUCCAGAGGUCCCAACCCCAGCAGCUGGUUAUGUAAUGUUAUAAUAUGUAAUGUUGAUGUGACGUCUGUCUUCCAGAGGUCCCAACCCCAGCAGCUGGUUAUGUAAUGUUAUAAUAUGUAAUGUUGAUGUGACGUCUGUCUUCCAGAGGUCCCAACCCCAGCAAGGUGUUACAGCAGCUGUUGGUCCUGCAGCCAGAGCAGCAGCUGACUAUCUUCUACACCAUGAGAGACCGCCUCAGAGACAGGGGAAUACUGCCCCCUGCUGCCACGGAUGCCUUGUAGAACACACAUGCAAGAGGAGGAUAAUGUGUGUGUGUGUGUG